AUGUCUUCAUCUGCUAUGGAAAAGCACCUGUUUAAUUUAAAAUUUGCUGUAAAAGAGUUGGAGAGAAAUUCUAAAAAAUGUGAAAAAGAAGAAAAAAUAGAAAAGGAAAAAGCAAAGAAAGCUAUACAAAAGGGUAACAUGGAAGGUGCUAGAAUACAUGCAGAAAAUGCUAUAAGACAGAAGAAUCAGGCCCUUAAUUAUCUUAGGAUGUCUGCGAGAGUGGAUGCUGUAUCGAGUAGAGUACAGACAGCUCUAACAACUAGAAAGGUCACAAAUUCCAUGGCGGGUGUUGUGAAAGCGAUGGAUGCUGCAAUGAAAUCGAUGAACUUGGAGAAGAUAUCUACACUCAUGGACAAAUUCGAAAGUCAGUUCGAGGACUUGGACGUCCAGUCGUCGUACAUGGAGAAUGCAAUGUCACAAACCACUACCACGACAGUGCCGCAAGGAGACGUCGAUAAUUUGUUGCAACAAGUGGCUGAUGAGGCAGGCUUGGAACUCAAUAUGGAGCUGCCGUCUGGCGUCCCGAGCACAUCCAUCGGUACCGCCACCGUCGUGUCUCAGGAACAAGACGAGCUCACGCAAAGACUCGCCAGAUUACGACAAACUGAAUAA